UUGAUGUUAUCCCAAGAAAGCGCGAUCUCCACCCCUCUCAGCUCCAAGCCCUUCAGGUAAAAGGAAAAAAAAAAUCUUUCAAGAAUUUGUUGCCUUUUUGAGGGUUAAAACAUCAGAAGACAAGCUUGUCUCGCCUUGGCCAAUCAGCUCUCGGCCCUGGCAGCUAUAAUAUAGAACUAAAGGCAGACUCCUCUCACAAGCGUCUUGCUUUGCUACCAUUAAAAUCAGACCCUUUUUUUGUCUCUCGAUUGCUGUCUCCCGACCAAACUCCGAUGUGUUCCGUUAUCAGCGACCUAAAGCCUGCCAUUCCAGCACCUGUCUUGCUAGGGAUCGGUGGAUAGUAUACGAUUCAGAAAGCAGACAAGGACAUAGGAGGAGAGAGAGCUCUAGAGAGACAGCCAGGGAUAGGCACAGAGAGCUUUGAAGUAAUUGGAUUCAAUGGACGAAAUGCUGCUGUUGACAAGAAUUCUCUUGGUGGGCUUCAUCUGCGCUCUUUUAGUCUCCUCUGGGCUGACUUGUGGACCAGGCAGGGGCAUUGGAAAAAGGAGACACCCCAAAAAGCUGACCCCUUUAGCCUAUAAGCAGUUUAUUCCCAAUGUGGCAGAGAAGACCCUAGGGGCCAGUGGAAGAUAUGAAGGGAAGAUCACAAGAAACUCCGAGAGAUUUAAAGAACUAACCCCAAAUUACAACCCUGACAUUAUUUUUAAGGAUGAAGAGAACACGGGAGCUGACAGACUGAUGACUCAGCGCUGCAAGGACAAGCUGAACGCUCUGGCGAUCUCGGUGAUGAACCAGUGGCCCGGGGUAAAGCUGCGGGUAACCGAGGGCUGGGACGAGGACGGCCACCACUCCGAGGAGUCCCUGCACUACGAGGGCCGCGCCGUGGACAUCACCACCUCGGACCGGGACCGCAGCAAGUACGGCAUGCUGGCCCGCCUGGCCGUCGAGGCUGGCUUCGACUGGGUCUACUACGAAUCCAAGGCGCACAUCCACUGCUCCGUCAAAGCAGAAAACUCAGUGGCGGCCAAAUCUGGGGGUUGCUUCCCUGGCUCGGCCACGGUGCACCUGGAGAAAGGUGGGACCAAGCUGGUGAAGGACCUGAGGCCUGGAGACAGGGUGCUGGUGGCCGACACGGAGGGCCGUCUGCUCUACAGUGACUUCCUCACCUUCCUCGACCGCGAGGACGGCUCCCACAAGCUCUUCUACGUCAUCGAGACCCGGCAGCCCCGGGCCCGGCUGCUGCUGACGGCCGCCCACCUCCUCUUCGUGGCACCCCAGCAGAACCAGUCUCAGGCGGGGACCGCCAGCAGCCGGGCGCUGUUCGCCAGCCGCGUGCGGCCGGGCCAGCGCGUCUUCGUGCUGGGCGAGGGCGGGCAGCAGCUGCUGCCGGCGGCCGUGCACCGCGUGUCGCUGCGGGAGGAGGCGUCGGGCGCCUACGCGCCGCUCACCGCCCAGGGCACCAUCCUCAUUGACCGCGUGCUGGCCUCGUGCUACGCCGUCAUCGAGGAGCACAGCUGGGCGCACUGGGCCUUCGCUCCCUUCCGCCUGCUCCAGGCCGUGCUGGCCGCCCUCUGUCCCUCCGCGGCGGGGUCCCCGAUGGGAGACCCCACGGCCCCCGGCAUCCACUGGUACUCUCGGCUCCUCUACCGCAUCGGCAGCUGGGUGCUGGAUAGUGACUCUCUGCACCCGCUGGGCAUGAUGGUGUCAUCCAGCUGAGGGGACCCCGCGCCAUCCCGACCGCCCGCCAGGCUCCAACGGAGAGACAGAGACACGA